ACCUAACAGAUCUAAAUGGCAUAUCACUUCAUUAGCUUUCUCAUACUUCUUUCACUUCUUGCCUUACCCAACCCUUGCUUCUCUCACUAUAUCAAUAACAAUGGAGGUCAGCUUUAUCCGCAGUUCUACGAGCAUUCAUGCCCAAAAGCUUUAGAGAUUGUAAAGUCAGUUGUUUCGAAAGCUGUCGCAAAAGAAGCUCGAAUGGCUGCUUCAUUACUGAGGCUCCAUUUCCAUGAUUGUUUCGUUCAGGGCUGUGAUGGAUCGCUGCUGUUAGAUAGUAGUGGGAGUAUAGUGAGCGAGAAGCAGUCAAACCCAAACCGGAACUCUGCAAGAGGAUUCGACGUCGUUGACGACAUUAAGUCCGCACUUGAAAAGGAAUGCCCACAGACAGUCUCCUGCGCUGAUAUACUUGCUCUCGCCGCUAGAGAUUCUACUGUUCUGGCUGGUGGUCCGAGCUGGGAAGUUCCAUUGGGAAGAAGAGACUCAAGAAGUGCAAGCCUAAGCGGCUCAAACAACAACAUACCUGCACCCAACAACACUUUCCAGACCAUUCUCACCAAGUACAAGCGCCAAGGCCUUGACAUUGUUGACCUCGUUGCCCUCUCUGGGAGCCACACGAUUGGGAAUGCUAGAUGCACCAGCUUCAGGCAAAGGCUGUACAACCAAAGCGGCAAUGGGCAACCUGACAGGUUUCUGGACCAGUCCUUCGCCGUCCAAUUAAAGAACCGUUGCCCAAGAUCUGGUGGUGAUCAGAACCUAUUUUUCUUGGAUAAAGUUAGCCCAACCAAGUUCGAUAAUAACUACUACAAGAACCUCUUGGCUUCCAAGGGCUUAUUGAAUUCUGAUGAAGUACUCUUCACCAAGAGCCAAGAAUCUAUGGAUCUGGUGAAGAAAUAUGCAGAGAAUACCGAGCUUUUCUUCGAGCAAUUCGCAAAGUCCAUGAUCAAGAUGGGAAAUAUCUCUCCCUUGACAAGAUCCAAUGGAGAGAUCAGGAAGAAGUGCAGAAAGAUUAACUAAUUACUAAGUACGGGUUUAUCAUAAUUAGUCAAUAAUGAAGUAAAAUC